AUGAGUACGAAACCAUUUUCUUGGAUGAUCCCUGAGGAAAUCCAGGCUACUGUGCAGGCACAACCCAGUACGAAUUCUACUACUAACCUUUACAAAGUUAUCGAGCGAUUAACCAAGGACACGAACCCCCAAAAUGAAUACCGGCGUAGCUCCUACGUCAGUGUCACCGGCGGCGGUUCCGGAGACAUGCUAUGGAUGUUCUUCACCGAUGUGAAAGAAAACCGUCAACAUCGCGCAGCGUUUGGCGAGUUUCUGCUUACCUGUGGAGUAGUCGAGCCGCGUGAUUGGAUUUUGACAACGCAUACCUCAGGGUAUUUGUAUAGAUCACUUGACCUCCUGACCGAGAUCCUGGAAAAUGCAGGAGGAACCAUAUUGAGCGCUGGCAACCUCAUGAAACCCAGCGAAGUUGUGCGAGCUCUCGCGCGAUACAACGUCAAUGUGUUGACUGGGGAUAGCAGUCAAGUUAUUCAGGUCAUUCAUCAUAUCUCGACACUUCCAGUAGACGAGCGAAAGGGGAUCAAGUUAACCAAAGUGAUCUACACAUCCGAGCCACUUACCGACAGUCAGAAAAGAUAUAUAUAUGCCAUACUGGGUCCGGCAGUAAAGAUAUACUCUUUCCUGGGAAGUGCAGAGGCGGGACCAUACGCAAUACAUAACCCUGAUCUUACUCGAGAAGCAUCAUCAUGUCAAUAUAGUAAUGGGUCCAUGGACUUUGUGUUUGAUACCCGCAGCAUCCUCAUUGAAAUUUUCCCUCAUUCCGUCAUGGAAAGUGAUACGCCCUCCUCGGACAUGAAGCCGCUUUCAGAGGGCGAAGAGGGUGUCAUUGUGCAAACGUCGUUGCAGCGUCGAUGGAACCCGCUUGUGCGUUAUAUCACUGGAGAUCUUGGGUCCGUUCAUACAGUGCCGGAUAUUGCAAGGUCCAUUGUGCCGGAAUCUGAGCCGAAGUACUUCCGCGUGCUCCGACUACGGGGUCGUAACCGUUGGUUUAGCUUUAAGUGGUAUGGUGAGUAUUUUGAAUUUACUAAUAUUGAGAUGUUUAUGCAGAAGGGGGCGUUUGGGAUUCUGCAAUGGCAGAUUAUUGUAGGGACGCUGGAUUCUUCGCCACCGACAACAAUGGAGAUUAGGUUGCUUCGUGCCGCGGAGAGUAGAGAUUUGAUAUCUCUCGAGCAAUUUGUCUAUGAAGUGGAGACGUUCUUCUUUGUUUUACCGGAUAAUCGUCAUUUGUUUAAGUUAACCUUUGUUGAAGUAUAG